ACCAUUUGUGACCCUGUGAGAGAACAUUUGCUCAGUGUAAGCACUGAGGUGGCAGGCGAAUCCCAGCCCGAGGUUAAGAUCCUAUUUUCAGGAAGGCGUCCAAACUGGGAGAGCUGACAAGGCUCCUUGGUGGCAUCUAUGUCAUCGAAGGAGCCUUCUCCCUUUUGGAGCGCUGGAUUUCCUAGACCCAACCCCCACUCCAAGCUCGAUCCCGUGGAACAAAGUCUCUAGGUCCUCAGCAUCAGACUUCUUCUUCAUCUUCAUCUUCAGAACAAUGUUUAUUUCACCGCACAUCACAAACAGGCGCUUUGUGAACGUGACGAAUCUGCGACCGACCAGCAACAUGUGGAAAUAAAGACAGCAUAACGCUAGAUGCCACAAUCCCGAGUUAAACCGGAACACACACCGUCUGUUGUUGUCAUGGCGGCGAUUUAAACUGUUGUCAAGCCUCGACUAAAACACUAUUAACGCUGGGUUUUAUUUGAAUUAACGUAAAGUUAGCGAAGCUGCGUGUUGCUAAUUCGUAACAGAAGAGUUGUUGUAGCAGAAGUCAAAAUGGUGGAGUUUUGGAUGGACUUGACGUUAAGCAGACUUCAAUUCAAAAGCGAAGCUAGCUUGCUAAUGCUAACUCACCUCAGCUAAACAUGUUAGUUUGAGAGAAGUCGGUGUUGUUUUUUUACCGUCAUGGCCGCACGCGUGUUCCAGACCGGUCCCACGUUCCCCACGGAACGACAAGACGACGGGAGAGACUGGGUCGUUUUAGAUCCAUCACGAAACCGAGGAGACCUGCCCGGUGGGAUGUCUCAGACCAAGCUGUUGUUCAACGAAGCCAUCCCUGCAAGUGCCGGCAACCGUGCCACCCGCGUUCACCCGCCCGCACCCAUCGUGAUAGAGAGGCUGCUGCCACUGUUCGAAAGGCUGGAGAAUUUGGACAGCACCGGCAGUUCCAUCAGUUUCACCGCGCUCUCCGAGGAGAGGCUGCAGGCUGCCAUGAAGCUUGCCAAGCGAGAUCUGAGACGAAGGCGCCGCGAGUCACUGAUGAAAUCCCCUGUCAAAGCUUCACAAGAGGCCUCACUCCUUCAAACAAGUGAUGCAGAGCUGCUUCAGGAGCUUGAAGCCUCACCAAAUAAGAUGAACUUAAAGACCUCCAGUCCAAAAGAGAAAACAGCCCGUCCUGCCAAGCAAACGUCCCGGAAGCCUCCCGUCAGUAAAAAGCCUUGGUUCAGCCGGUCACCCCAAACCAGAGACCCCAGGUCGAGGCAGCCAGAAGGAAGCAAACCGACCCCUCUGAGCCAGGAGAUCUUCAAGCUGGAAAACGAGCUAGAAGUAUAUAUUCAGAAAGUAGAAGAGCUGGCCAACAGAGGGGAAGAAAUGGAGGAACCACUGGAGCCUGAAGAGGAAAACAAGUUGGAGGAGCGCAGAGAGAAGCAGGCCAAACGUUCAUCACAAAUGAUCUAUGUCCUUCAACAACAGGUAAGAGAAGUAAAAGAGGACAUAGAGACACUCAGAAGUCAGCAGAUGACGGAUACCAAGAAGCCAUCCACAGUAAACAGACUUGCAGCCGCCCACCGUGGGGCACUCAGGGCCUUAAAAGAUGUUAUCCACCAGAUGUCUGAUUUAUCUCUUACCAAGAUGCCUCCUCACUGCAAAGAGCUGGGCCAGCUGAUUCGCCAGCUCUCAUUGUGUUCGGCCAAGGUGGAAGUGGACCAGGGUUCAGCUGUGCCCGAGUCGGCCCUCAACAUCCUGCAGAAACUCGAGACUUUGGAUUCUGCCCUCCGAAAACAAGAGAUGAUUGAUAAGGUGCAGGCCCGAACAUGCCCUCCACACAGGAAGCCUCCUCAUCGCAGCAUGUCGCCCACUCGUGUCGUCAAGGGUCCCAGCUCCUCAAAUGUUCAAGGACCUCGCAAACCCAGAAAUCCCAAAAGAGGUGUCCAUGGUAGGAGAAUGGCCUCACAGAAACCCAAAAUUACCUUUCACCAGCCCCCGUUGAGUAGGGCCGAGGUGCUGAGGGCCGGCCUGGAGAGCCUCGCCCAGCAGAGCGGCCUGGGACAGCUGCAGCGACGACCCAAGACAAACGCCCCCUGUAGGAAAGGACUGCACCCUGAGACAAGAAAGGCUGACGUAAUAUUGAAGCGUAACCAGGUAGAUGGUACCGGCUUCCAGCAGCCUACAGUCUCCUCUCGGCUCCGAGUGAACGAGGUCCCUGAAAGAGAGCCCUCUGUGCCCUGGAUCCCCACAUCCCCUCACUCUCCUCCUCCACAGCGAUCCCCUCAAAGGGGGACAUCCGAGCCUCGAUGUCUCUUCUCUCCAGCGAAGCCUGCGCUGAGCCCUCCGAAGUCGAAUGUGGCCGCUGGUUACAGAGCAGAGCCAAAUCUGAGCUCAGGACAGAAGAGACAAGCUCAGAAUGAAGCAUUAAGGAACGCCUGGCUGGAUAAGAUGACGACGCAGAGACUUAAGGAACUGAACCAGCUGAGUCAAGAACAGGCUGAAGGCAUUCAGAGAUUAAGGUCUGAGGUGGUCUCACCAACUCAGUGGGCUGAGAGAGCGGAGCAGAAGGCCAGAGAGAGAAUUCAGCCCCUUCUGGAUGAAGCUCAGCAGAUUGGCGAGUCCAGGAGCAGGAUCAGCUACUCACUGAGAAAUCGGCUGUCUGAGCAGGCUGCAGAGAGGGCAGCGGAGAAAGCCGAGCAGCUGAGUGAGGACCUGCUGGAGGAUCUGGUUGAGGAUUCUGCACGGGUGGCGUGGGCAGCUGAGACAGACAGACAGUUGGAGGGCUUGGCCCAGUGUAGGCUGCAGGCUCCCACCCUGGAGAGUAUGCUGCUUCGUAUGGAGGAGAUACAGAAGGAUCAGGAUGAAGUGAGGAGACGCUACACUUCUAUCACCUAUUCAGACCCUCUUUACUGGGACCGACCAGGAGCAGCAGGACCCCAGUGCCAUGCUCCGGGCUCCAUACCAGCUUCCCCCCAGCCAAUUAGGCUCACCAGGCCGGUGCUGAAGCAAACCACUGCAGCUGAUAUCGUCCUACAAAAACCUGUGGAGACUGGCUUCCUGUCGGAGGACAGCCGAACGGAGGAGGCAUCCGAAGAGGAGCAGCAGCACAGAAACGCCACCGUGUUCCCGGGCCCGGGGGAGAGAAGCACGGGGACGAUCAUGUCUGUGCCAGCCAGCACGCUGAGAAACAUCAGGCGGUACCGGGGAGACUACGACGCCUACCUGCGAGUUGUGGCUCACGAGAACGUCGGCAGCUUCAACCCCUGGGCCACUGCUAACAGCCUGGCAGACGAGCUGUUGUCGGAGGCGGUGGCCGACGUGGCAGCGGAGUUUCAGGACGUUGUGGAGGAAUACGCCGAGGCCGUCUUCACCUCCGAGUUUCUGCAGCCGGUCCAGUCGCCUCCUGCUCCCGCUUCGGCUGUCGUCAGCCAAUAGGAUCUCACCAGCAUCGUGGAUGGAGCAGUUAUUUGUGUGAAUUAUUUAUUUUGAACCGGGUCUAUUUUGUUGACCAAGGUCUAUGAUUGAUUUUGUAAAUAGCUUUGCAAGUUUCAAUUGCAGGUUUUUACAUUUGGAAUGAAACAUGUGUUGUUUGAUCUGUUUUGCUGUGACUUUCUUGAAAUGGGAUUGUAGAUGUUUUUUUUAAAUGAUGCUGCAGCAGAUGAGAUUGCUGAAUUGCACACGGAGCAUUAGUCACAUUAUCUCUUCUGGGUUCAUAUCUAUGGGCUGUUGAAUUCCCCCGGGCAAGUUAGUUUAGUUUGGAUAAGCUUGGAGAGACCAUCAUGACAUUACGGAUUAUAAGAUUACCGACCUGCCUUUGCACUUGGCUUCAAUCUCCCUGGGGAUUACUCACACUGUCAAUUUUCACGAUGGAAUAUGGAAAUAAAUGAAUUGCGUACGGUCGCCACCAAAAUGAUUUAGGAGUAGAUCAUGUGUUUAAUCUAUUGUAACUCUUCCUUUGCUUUAAUAUCUGAAUUAAGGGUUUAAACACAGUAAAUGACUUUAUCUCUACCAUCUGGUUAAUGUGUUAUCCAGUAAGUUAUGUGCACCGGCAUAGAUAGAGUGCAGGAGAAAAAAAGAAUAAAGUGGACAUAAAGAAUAUUAUUUUAUCAUUACCCUUUCCCCACUUGCCCUCACUUCAGUUUUUCACUUGUGUACUGUCAGCCCUGUCAGACGGAAUCCUGCAUAAUCGAGGGCGAAAACUGUCAAUUGUGAAUUCUGAAACAAACAGGGCUGACAAGGCAGACCAAGAAAAUGUCAGUUGUGCCUUGAGAGCGGCGACAUGAAAGUCAGAGACAGAUGAGAGGGGACACAUCCAGAUGCCGCUCUGGCCUGUGGGAACCAGCCUCUGACAGUGGACGUACAGUGACUGAAUGAAUGAGCUCACACAGAAUCAGCAUGUCUCUAUUUCCUCUCCGGCUGAGUCCUGCGUGGGCAUGUGAAUGUGUGCAGGCUUUUCAGUGCACCUUGCUUUGUUUGGAUUCAGUGUUGUCGUCUUUUCAAGGACAGAGGCCGUUCUGACAUCAGGGAUCGGGAAACAAUAAACGCUUUAAACUGUUCUGUCUAUAAUUAUUCCAUGUUGUAAUGGCUCGGAAGUUUUUAAUGUGUCUGCGGAGAGAGAUUUAAAAGACGGAGCAGAAUAUAAUUUCAUUCGUGCCAACUCAGCAGAAACCACUUAGCAUUUCACUGAGAGACUGUUUAGUCAGCAAGCCAUGAGAACAGAACACUUCCUGACUUGCUUAUUAACUUUUUUAAUAGUUCUGUCCUUAUGGAACAUGGAAAUGAUUGUGUUGUGUUGUCUCCCUGUUCUCAAAUGGAUUGUUUGGGAUCAAAGCUGAAACCACACACAAACAGAUGUGACUGAAAAGACCAGGAUUCGUGCAGAAUGUUCCACAUUAUCAUAAUUUCCAUCGGUCAGAGAGGUUUGACUUCGCCGCCAGCGCUGACUCAUUAUCAGAGCCAAUUCAUAAACGCCGAGGACACAGACUGCAAUAUAUUCAUAGUGCAGCGAGAGGACACGCUGCCGUACAUCAAGGUUGCUUUGUGACAAUUGCAUUCUGAACCGUCUCCACUCUGUAUUUAAGAAGCAGAUGGACGGCUUUAUCAGUCCGGAUUGCUGCUCUCCAGAGACGCUCUGCUGAAGCUGCAGUGUCAUAUGAAUUAUGUUUUUGCAGCAGCACCUGUCUUCACUCCAUCUGCAAAUACCGGCAUUGUUUGUUUUCAAUAAAGAACAUUUUUCAUC